AUGAGUAAAGAAAGCAUUAAUGAAGCGGCUGAGUUAUGGAUCGUGAGCACGGAGGACGCGGUCGACAAUGGUACUUGGGAACAAGAAGGCUGGUCCACGCAAGAAUACGGCGUCUCGAAAACUGGAGUAACGACAUUAAGCCAUAUCCUCGCGAGACGCUUCAAAGCUGAAGUGAAAAAUAUUUUAGUCAAUACUUGCUGUCCUGGGUGGGUGAAAACUGACAUGGCUGGUCCGCGAGCACCUUUGACACCUGAUCAAGGCGUCAAAACUCUGAUAUUUCUUGCCUUGGACGAAGAAACUGUGUCAAAUGGAGAAUUAUGGAAAUUGAAAUAA